GACGAGAGUUGAAUAUGGGGGGAACUUUAUGUUAUGCAUGCGGUAAAGUUUGAUUCGGGGCUAUCCCUGACAGUAGCUAGCUAACGGUAGUACUGUAGCAACUAGCUACAGUACUCUUCUAACUUCUACAAAAUUGUAGCCUAGCUGAUCUGGUCACUGGAUAAACUCAUUCUUGUCACACCUCAAUCAACUGAAUUCUGGCUAGCUAGCUAGUUACAUGGAAGCAUCUGAAUAUCUCCUAUGCAAGUGGAAAGGCCACCACUGGCCAGCUAAGGUUUUGAGAAGAGUGUGCAAUUCCAAGAGGAAGAAGGAUAUGGAAGUGGAAAUGUUGGGAGAAGGUCACAGAGGAGUGUGUAUUUUGUUUUGCAGAGUGUGGGUGCAGCAGAAGGAAACGCAAGCCCUGACCCAAGAAUGCAUUGAGAACAUCUCUGGAGAUCUGAGUGAUCAUGCUUCCAAAAGGAGGGACCCAAUAAGAGAAUUGAAAUACCGGAGAGCACUGCGCUUGGCAUUGGAUAUGUUCCCCUCAGGAGAGACGAGCAGCACUCUGGUGUUAGGAGAUCCCAGAACAUCCGAAAAGGGAAGAGACCAACAGUUGCCAUCGGCGCCUGAAGAGCAAGAAACGAGAGCAAGACGCGUCAUCCGAGCAAAUGAGCCUCAGUCUGAGGAAAACAAUGAUUGUGCCUCUCAAAAAACAAGUCCGGGUGCAGCUCAAGAGAAUGUCACUGUUCACAGUGUGGCCGAUGUGUCAAGUGAUUUGAGCCUUACUCCACCUUCUUCAUCCCCACUGCAACCGCUCCAAGUGUCCUUCGACGAACAGGAGGACAGUAGUCUGGAGGAUGAUGACCUACCCAGUUUCACUUCACCAAAGAAAACCCUAUCCAUCACAAAGGGAGCUUGUGUCUGGUGUAAAUAUCGACGUUGCCCCUUCUGGCCUGCUAUGAUCAUGUAUGUUUCCCGCAAAGAGAAGAAAGCCAGCGUCGUGUUCAUCGACACAUUUCUUUGCACACAGAAGAGGAAGAGCGUCAAGGUCUCCUUAAAGAAUAUCAAGCCCUUUGACUGUGAGGAGUCAAAUGAGUUGGUGGACAAAGCCAAGGAGAUAUAUGGUACUGCCAUCCACUAUUGCCUGAAGCUUAUUGGGGACUAUAGAAUUCGCCUUGGUUGUGGUUCAUUUUCCGGUUCCCUCGUUGAGUAUGUUGCUGAUGACAUCAGCAUCCCUAUGAGAAAGCUGUACCUUCUCGGCCCAUCUGACAGUUAUCUGGCCUCGCCAAAGCAAGACAUGGAGGAUCAGAGAAGUUACCAGGGGACUCCGGAAGAACAUGCGACCACCGAGGGCAGUGACCAGGAGCCACAGGUCUCCAAGAGACUGCUACCCGACCGCGCCAAGGCUGCACGGGACCGGGCCAACGACAAACUACUGCAGUUCAUCGUCGAUAAAAGAGGCGUGGAAAGGCACUUGCAGGCUAUUAUCAGCGGUCAGGUGGUGUCCAAGUGGCUGAAAGCCUUCCGCAAGGCCAGUGGUCAAGCAGUGGACCCCUACUUUGAGACGGACCAGCAGGUGGAGCAGGUUUUCACUUAUCUCAGGAGCAUCAUGGAGGAAGCCUUGUCAAGUCUGCCAGAGUUAGAUCAGAUCCGCUUCAUCCUCGAAGUGCUCUUACCAGAGGCUGUCAUUCAUGGAAUCUCGGAGGUCGAUGACAUAUCCCUGGUUAAGGCUGAAGAGAAAUACUCACAAGGGCCUGGCAUCAGUAAUAGAGAGCGAGAGGAGUUUGACCUUAUGAUUGUGCAGCAGAUGAAGAAAAAGCACUGCAGAAAUGAUAAAGAAUAAGAAGGGUUGUGUGUUCUGUUUCGGGUUUUCAUUGGCUAAUGCCACUAGUGUUUAUAUUGUUCAUAGGUUAUGUGUUUAUAGGUUACAUACUCUUUAUUUUUCAAUACAAUCAUUUGUAUACUGAACAAAAAUAUAAACACAAUAUGCAACAAUUUCAAAGAUUUUACUGUGUUACAGUUCCUAUAAGGAAAUCAGUCAAUUGAGAUAAAUUCAUUAGGCCCUAAUCUAUCGAUUUCACAUGUCUGGGAAUAUAGAUAUGUAUCUGUUGGCCACAGAUACCUUUAUAAAAAUGGUAGGGGCGUGGAUCAGUAUCUCGUGUGACCACCAUUUGCCUCAAGCAGCGUGACACAUCUUCACAUAAAGUUGAUCAGGCUGUUGAUUGUGGUCUGUGGAACUCUUUUUCAAUGGCUGUGUGAAGUUGCUGGAUAUUGUCGGAAACUGGAACAUGCUUAUAAGAUCCAGCGCAUCCCAAACAUACUCCAUUUCUGGUGAGUAUGCAGGCCAUGGAAGAACUGGGACAUUUUCCAGGAAUUGUGUACAGAUCCUUGCGACAUGAGGCCUGUGCAUUAUUAUGCUGAAACGUGAGGUGAUGGCGGCAGAUGAAUGGCAUGACAUGGGCCUCAGGAUCUUGUCACUGUGUAUCUGUGCAUUCAAAAUGCCAUUGAUGAAAUGCAAUUAUGUUCGUUGUCCAUAGCUUAUGCCUGCCCAUACCAUAACCCCACCACUACCAUGGCACACUAUUUGCAAACCACUCACCUCCAUGACGCCAUACACGUGUUCUGCGGUUGUGAGGCAGUUAAUGGUAGAGAAAUUAACACUAAAUUAUCUUAUUUCAGCUCAUGAAACAUGGGACCAACACUUUACAUGUUGCAUUUAUAUGUUUGUGCAGUGUACAUUGGUAUAGCUAUAACGGUGGUGGUUUGUUUAUUUUCCAUGGCUUUCCCCCCCAACAAUUAUUUUCUGGAGCUACAGUUGAAUGGAAUCCACAAUUGCAUACUCGGUAUGUUACUCAACUUCCUGCCAUAAUUGGUGAUACAGAUGCAAGUGUAGAGCUCUUGAAAAAGCAAAAUUCCAACAAGUUAAAGUGAAAUUAGGUCAUUUGUCACGCGGUCUAGUUAUUUGGCAUGACUGAUCAUCUUGUGUGAUGGGCAGAGAUGCAUGUACAAAUUGAAAUAGCUAUAACGGUGGUGGUUUGUUUCAAAUGUAUUUUCCUUUACAAUUAUUUUCUUGAACUUGUUGCUAUUAUUCUGGUUAAGGUAUGUUUUUAUCGCCAAAAGCACAAAGCGGAUCUCAGGAUGAAAGCAAUAAAAUUACGUUGUUUUUA